GAACGCUUAAUAAUCUAAUCUUGCUCUUCCCGAGCAAUUGUACAAAAUUACACACAAUAUAUUUGAAAUUUCAUAUUGCUAUUUCACACUCGUUAUUAGCUAUACGUUUAUAAUAAAUUAUAAAAUUGAUGUUAAAAUUAAAGAGAAAAAGAGAAACUUUACCAAACAAAAGAGGAAUAUGUAAAAUUUUCUUAGCAUUUUACAGUCAGACGUAUUUUGAUAUUUAACUUAUAGACAUGAAUACUUCAGAAAUUCAACAUUUUAGUCUAAACCGAAUUCUUUUGCUUAGUGUUGGUUUAUGGCCCUACAAUCAAUCAAAUCUCGUUUCGUUGCAACAGAUCUUACUUUUUGGAAUUCAGAUAAGUUUUGUUAUAUAUCAGGUUAUCAUAUUUUUCAUCACAGAAUUCACAACCAGUUUGGCAAUCACAAUAUGCUCCAUCAUAUUAAUUUAUACUAUAUGUAUAAUUAAGUACAAUUCUUUUUUGAUUAAUGGUCAAGCCGUAAAAUAUUUACUGGAGCAGUUUAUUCAUGUUUGUAAUGAGCUAAAAGACGAAAAUGAAAUCGAUGUUAUGAAAAGAUAUGCGAGCAGUUCAAAACGUUAUACGACUAGACUUAUACUGGUGUACGUCUCUCUACCUAUUGGUAUGCUGAUGACAAUGUGGCCAUAUAUUCUCAAUAUUGUUGCACCCAGAAAUGAGUCUCGAUCGAAUUUCUGGAUAUCGUUUUUGACUGAACACUUUGCCAAUAAGAACAAAUAUCGUUAUUUAAUGUUAUUAUACGCGAAUGCAACGUUUUGCAUAGGAUCAAUUACAUUGCUAGCAACAGGAACGAUGCUUAUCGGUUAUAUUAAAUAUGCUUGCGGGAUGUUUAGAAUCGCCAGCUACCGGAUUAAACGAGCAUUAACAAUUAAUAAGACACACAAAAGUUUCAAAAACGAAAUUAUGAUUCAUAAAGAGAUUAUUUGCGCUAUGGACGUACAUCGCCAAGCUAUGAAGUUGUGCAAAUAUUUCACGUACAAUUUUAAUGGGACGUUCUUCAUGUUAGUAAUAGUCGGUGUGGUUAUAUUAAGCCUCAAUCUUUAUCGAACUUUUCAAUGUGUAUCGGAUAACAGUGACAAACAAGAACUGAUACUUCAUGUCGAAAUUGUAAUUAUCAGCCUUGUAUACAUGUUCAUAGCGAACUACAUUGCACAAGAAAUUACGGAUCAUAAUAAUGACGUAUUUAUCACUGUAUAUAAUGGUCACUGGUAUGUAGCACCGUUGCAUAUACAGAAGAUUGUAUUAUUUUUGUUACAAGUGGGCAACAAAACUUUCGGCCUGAGUUGUGGCGGAUUGUUUACAGGAUCUCUAUAUACCUUCGCAACACUAGUGAACACAUCAAUGUCUUACUUCACCGUUCUAUAUUCAACACAGAAGCUUUGACAUGUGAAUUACACACAGAUCUCGGCCUCGUUACGCGAACGUGUUAUACAAUGAAAGAGAUCUAUUUAACUGUUUGAUUAAAUAUAAAAAAUGUAAAACGUU